CAGUGCGCAUCUUCAUUCCCGGCUACAGGAGGAAAGGUGCGCACAAUGUCUGUCCCAUCCUCGGAAACGGUUCUUCCACUCGACUCGUAUCUGAUUUAAGCGAGUUUUCUUGCUUUCGCUACUGGGUUACAGCAUCGGAUUCUGCGCUUUACGACCCGCAGCUGUAGUGAUAUUUAAUUCGGCGCGCAACAACUGAGGAGAAAAGGUGAAUGUAUCGCUAAUAAAGGGCUUUUAGAUACAUCUAAAACGGAGGACUUAUUCUGCCAACGCACUAAUUACAAUCUCCGAUGCCAAUGAAGAUUAUGGAUGUACUGACAGGAAAUCUGUAUGGCAUUAUUAAAUAUUAACUGGUGGAGUUUAAAAGCACUUUUCCUCCUUGUGAAGCUCUUUAAGUUCUCCGAUGAUGGACGGCAGACAAUCGUCAAGGACUUUCACACCUGAUUGUGCAGCUUUUGCCAACACAUGAAGGGAAGAAACAUGUUUUGUCUGAUGAAAUUUCGCCGCUUAUCAGACAGCAGCAGGGCUAUGGGGAUCAGACAUGGGUCAAAAAUCCAACAUCACUCCAAACCCAUAUCUAAAAUAUACUUAAUUUUUAUUUUGCUCCUGCUCAUUUUCACACCGAGAGUGGAUUCAUCGUGGUGGUACAUCGGAGCGCUGGGUGCUCGGGUGAUCUGCGAUAACAUUCCCGGCCUGGUGAAUAAGCAGCGGCAGCUGUGCCAGCGGCACCCGGACCUGAUGCAGUCCAUCGGUGAGGGAGCCAAAGAGUGGAUCAAAGAGUGCCAGCACCAGUUCAGACACCACCGCUGGAACUGCAGCACGCUGGACCGGGACCACACUGUGUUUGGCAGGGUGAUGCUGCGAAGCAGCCGUGAGGCAGCGUUCGUGUACGCCAUCUCGUCAGCAGGAGUGGUCUACGCCAUUACCAGGGCCUGCAGUCAGGGGGAGCUAAAGAUCUGCAACUGUGACGGCCACAAGCGAGGGCAAGCUAGCGAUGACAAGGGCAAAUUUGACUGGGGUGGAUGCAGUGACAACAUCAACUAUGGCAUAAAAUUUGCCAAGGCCUUCGUAGAUGCUCGAGAGAGGAUGGUGAAAGACGCUCGCGCGCUGAUGAACCUGCACAACAACCGGUGCGGUCGGAUGGCAGUAAAGCGCUUUAUGAAGCUGGAGUGCAAGUGUCAUGGGGUCAGUGGCUCCUGUUCUCUGAGGACCUGCUGGCUGGCGAUGUCAGACUUCAGGCGAACUGGAGACUACCUUCGCAAGAAGUACAACACAGCCAUCGAGGUGACCAUGAACCAGGACGGGACGGGCUUUAUGGUUGCUGACAAGGACUUCCAGGGAAGCACCAAGAAUGAGUUAGUGUAUGUCGAGAACUCACCAGAUUACUGUCUCACAGACCGCUCAGCAGGCUCCUUGGGCACAGCAGGCAGAGUGUGCAACAAGUCCUCCAGAGGCACGGACGGCUGUGAGGUCAUGUGCUGUGGGCGGGGCUACGAUACCAUGCGUGUCAAACAUGUCACCAAGUGCGAGUGCAAGUUCAAGUGGUGCUGCGCUGUGGAAUGCAAAGACUGUGAAGACUUGGUGGAUGUUCACACCUGCAAGCCUCACAAGCGACCCGAUUGGCUGGACAUAACCUAACACGGAGACCUGACCAAUCACAAGUCACCACUGACUCAAUAACCUGCGUGCUAAUGACUGCAUUUUGUUAUGGGAUAUAUAAAUGGGAUCUCUUAACUGUAAUACCUCUGGCUUAUUUUUGAUCCUUUGACACUUCCGGAAGCAGAGACUUCACAGACAUUGAUGCUAAACUGGAAAUUAGGCCCAGUUACUGAUCGUGCUGCUUUAAUAAGUGUUUCUGAGAACAAUUUGUUGAGCUUUUUUUUAAGACAAACUUUGAAUCUUUGAUACAAAAUGGCUGAAUGUUGUUUUAUUCUGUUGUAAAUACACCCUUCAGUGUUUCCCCUAGGUU